AUGGGGCCCCUGUGUCCUUGCCCAAACUCAAAAAAGCCUAGCCAGGGGCGGACUGACAACUCAUGGGGCCCCCGGGCAAUAGGGGAUCAUGGGGCCUCUGUGUCCUUGCCCAAACUCAAAAAAGCCUAUGAAAAAGGUACCAGGGGCAUCUCAUGGGGCCCCCUACUGACCCCGGACCCUCAGGCAGUGCCCAAGUUUCCAAAUGGUCAGUCCGCCCCUGCAUACAGUAUAUUUGCCAGGGUUGCUUGGCUUUGCACCAUCAUCCCUAAAAUCACAUGUGCACCACGA